AUGUCCCACAGCUGGAGUUCUCAAAGGUCCUGGAGAGAUUGGAACUCUUGGACAGGUUCAGAUUGGGCUUGGAACCCUUCGUCACGGUCGUUUCACACUUGGGACUGGGACUCCUCGCACUGCCAAGAGCGGGCUCAUGACGUUGCGGACGCUGCCAAGGAGAGGAUUGAUCAGGAAGUUGGACUCAAAAGUCACUCACCGGAUGCAGGUGAUCAAGAACCAGAUCCCCAAGAACCACCGGAGGAGCCCUUUGGUGAAGCAGUGGCUUCGAAGGUGAGUUUUCCAAUUCACAGCUCCGACUCCACAUCACUGAAGUGGCAAGCUGGAUUUACCGAAAGGAGUUCGUCACAGCCUUUGAAAGGCAAAGAGUUCAAUGACUUGAUCCUGGAGAAGGCCAGUGCUGGCGAGAUCCUGGAGCUUUUGGACAGCAGACUAUUGGAGUUCAGUGUGGUGAACGCCGUGACAGCUCUUCAUCGUAUUGCCAAGGCAACUGAUGGGCAGCAGUGGAGAAGAGACCCAAGGAUCCACUACCUGAACAGAAGGCUCGUCAACAUGUUCACGAGCUCCAAGAAGGAUGAAAUGGAAAGGAAAGAGAUGAAAGAGACCGGGCGAUGGGUGCCCAGCGAUGACUGGGUUUACUAUAUUGACACCCGCUCUUUGUGCAAUGCUGCCUGGGCAUUUGCACAUUUGGCUUUACGACACGAUCAAAUGCUGGAGAUCAUUUCUGAAGAGAUGUGCCACAAGAUUUCUGAUUGCAGUGCCCAGCAGCUGUCUAUGUGCGCCUGGUCAUUUGCGAAGAUGGCCAGAAAGGACUUCCAAUUGAUGCAGACCUUGGCAGACGAGGCGCAGCCUAGGCUCUCUGAAUUUUCUCCACAGCAUUUGAUGACGACCGUUUGGGCGUGUGCAAAGCUUGCAUUUCUUCAUGUUCGGUUGCUGCUGGCAAUCGCCAAUGUUUCCUGCAAGCGGCUCCAGGACUUUACACCUCAGCACCUGUCGAUCACCGCCUGGGGCAUGGCCACCUUGGCCUUUCGCCAUUUGCCGCUGAUGGAUGCCAUCACUGCCGAGGCCCAAGCCACAUUGCGUGCAUUCAAACCGCAGAACAUUGCCAAUACGGCAUGGGCAUUUGCAACGUUGGGACUUCCAAAUGAGCCUUUUUUUGCCCAGCUUGCCAAGCACUCCGACCAAAAACUGCCGCAGUUUACUCCGCAGAACCUUUCCAACUUGGUGUGGUCCUUUGCAACGCUCCGUUUGAGGUGCGAUUCACUCUUCACUUCUGCGGCAGCCGCAUUCUGCUCCAAGGUGGCAGAGUUCGAUCCUCAAGCCCUAUCGAUGAUGGCAUCAACCUAUGCCAGCUUAAAGUUGUCUUUCCCGUCGGUGUUCCAGGCAACCCAAGCUGCGGCCUUGAAGCGGUUGGAAACCUUCCAGGCCAGGGACUUGCAAGCUUUGGCCUUGGGCUUGGUGGAAGGCGAGAGCGUGGACAUCCCCGUGGAAGCCCUGGCCAGGCGUUCUUUGGCCUUGUUUCCGGAGCUGAACUCUUUGGACGUGGGGAACCUUUCACGUGCCUUCGUCAUGCUGCGGUAUCAAGACCUUGCAAGUAAUUCUCACGCUCUCCUGGAUGCGCUUGAAGAACAAGCGCUGGUGCUACUCAAUGAAGGGAGCGUUCCGAGUCAAGCCCUAGCUGACUUUGCAUAUUCAUUUCCUGGUCGCCUUCAGGCCACUUUGGCCCAGGAGGUUCAGCGGAAGUUGGUUCGGCACGACUUGCGGCAUCUCGUAGCAUUGGAGGAGUGGAUCAAUGAUGAUUGCAAAGAGGUGCUCCAGGAACGAUUGGGUUGUGUGAUCUACCACAUCCUCCAAGUGCUGCCGACCACCCCAGAUGGAUGGCGGAGUGAAGACUACCAGCAAUUGAUUUUGGGCUUGAAGGUGACAGACUUUGGUGAGGCAGCCACUACCUUUCUUUUGUCCAAGUGCGGAAUUCGUGCCCGUUUGAUCUCCAAUGUCGGCAUGAGAGCUUGCCCAUCACAUGCACGCCUUUCUGGGAUGUUGAGUUUGGUCCGAGAGGGGCAGCAAAUGGACCCUUUCUUCAGCAACCUGCAGCCAGUCCGGCAGCUGCGCAUUGGGCCCUUGCUGGAUCGGGCUUCUUGUUGUGUUUUCCAGAUCAUGGAAGCGGCACUAGCCCUUCUACCCAACGACACCGGGCGCCUGUGCUUAGCGCUCCACGGGACUCCCUGUGUCUCUUGCGUUGGUGCGUUAAUACAAUUCAAGCAGUUAAAGCCUGAUAUUGACUUGGAGGUGUUGAUGGAGAGGCGUUUGCAGAUGAACAGAUGUGAUUAA